UUUAUUACACAUUGAUGAAUAGAUAAAUAAAUACUUGUCAUUAUUAAACAAUUAGUUAAUUAAUCCAAUCGGAGCAACGACCCUCUCUCCGGCGUCGCUCCCAAUCGGAAUGUUCAUUUUCUCUCUCUAGGGUUUGCUUUCUCCGAUCAUCGUUUCGCAGAGAUGUCGCGCCAGUCGACGGGUUCCGCUUUCACCAAAUCCAAGACCCUCGACAACAAAUAUAUGCUGGGAGAUGAGAUUGGGAAAGGAGCUUAUGGUCGAGUUUACAAAGGUUUGGACCUGGAGAAUGGAGAUUUUGUUGCAAUUAAGCAAGUUUCUUUGGAGAAUAUUGCUCAGGAAGAUCUCAACAUCAUCAUGCAAGAGAUUGAUUUGUUAAAGAAUUUGAACCACAAAAACAUUGUAAAGUAUCUUGGAUCUUUGAAGACAAAGAGUCACCUGCAUAUAGUACUUGAGUAUGUGGAGAACGGCUCACUUGCAAAUAUUAUCAAGCCAAAUAAAUUUGGACCCUUUCCAGAAUCUUUGGUUGCAGUUUAUAUUGCCCAGGUGUUGGAAGGCUUGGUUUACCUACACGAACAAGGUGUUAUCCAUCGUGAUAUUAAGGGUGCAAAUAUAUUGACAACUAAAGAGGGUCUUGUCAAACUUGCUGAUUUUGGCGUUGCAACAAAAUUAACAGAGGCUGAUGUUAAUACUCAUUCCGUUGUUGGAACACCAUACUGGAUGGCACCAGAGGUUAUAGAAAUGUCUGGGGUUUGUGCAGCUUCUGACAUUUGGAGUGUUGGCUGUACAGUUAUUGAGCUUCUUACAUGCGUGCCUCCUUAUUAUGAUUUGCAGCCUAUGCCAGCUCUUUUCCGUAUUGUCCAGGAUGAACACCCUCCAAUUCCUGAUAGUCUUUCGCCUGACAUUACUGAUUUUCUGCAUCAAUGCUUUAAGAAGGAUGCUAGACAAAGACCUGAUGCUAAAACGCUGUUGUCUCACCCCUGGAUUCAAAACUGCAGACGUGCCCUGCAGUCUUCUCUUCGUCAUAGUGGAUCAUUAAGAAAUAUAGAGGAAGAUGAUGCUGCAGAUGGAAAAGUUUCUGGUGGUGAUCGUAAGCUUGCAGGUGAAAACUCUUCUGUGGAGAAACAGGGCACUGUGGCUGCUGAUAGCAGCAGAUCUCAAGAGGAAAGUGCCUCAGAUUCUAAUUUUCCCAACGAAAGAACUGAAAAGGCAGAUGAUUUCUCAUCUGAUGAGGUUUUUACCUUAGCCAUUCACGAGAAGUCCUUUCAACAAACUGGUUCUGGCAAACUCUCUCAUGAUGGAGAAGUGGGUAGUUCUGAGCCUACUGGUAAUCAUGAAAUUUCAAAUGCCAAAGAACUUCAUGAAGUCACGAUGAAUGGAGAAGUUGGAUCACCACAGUCAAGAGGAGUGGCUAAUAAAGUUGGAGUAAAAGACAGUUCUAUCAAUAAUGGCAAAAAAUCAUUUGCUUUUGGACCAAGAGGACUUGAUAAAGGUCCCACAAAGGCUAUGAAGAUACUGCACUCUGCAGAAGGAAAUGAGCUGAGCAAAUUUAGUGACCCUCCGGGAGAUGCCUACUUGGAUGAUUUAUUUCCUUUAGACAAACGACAUGGGGAGGUUGUAGGUGAGGCAUCCACUUCUGCAUCAACUUCACACAUGGCAAAAGGCAAUGUAUCUUCGAUUGACGGAGGAGAAAAAGACCUGGCCAAAGAGCUGAGGGCUACAAUCGCAAGAAAGCAAUGGGAGAAAGAGAGUGAAAUUGGACAGGCAAACAACGGUGGGAACCUUUUACACCGAGUUAUGAUAGGUGUUCUAAAAGACGAUGUGAUUGAUAUAGAUGGUUUGGUAUUUGAUGAAAAACUUCCUGGAGAGAACCUUUUUCCUCUGCAGGCCGUUGAGUUUAGCAAAUUAGUUGGUUCAUUAAAGCCCGAGGAAUCAGAAGAUGUGAUUGUCUCUGCCUGUCAGAAACUCAUUGGUAUAUUUCAGCAGCGCUCAGAGCAGAAGCUUGUUUUUGUUACCCAGCAUGGUUUACUUCCUCUAACUGACUUGCUUGAAGUUCCUAAAACACGUGUCAUAUGUUCUGUGCUUCAGCUUAUAAAUCAAAUAAUUAAAGACAACACUGAUUUUCAAGAAAAUGCUUGUCUUGUUGGAUUGAUUCCUGCAGUCAUGAGCUUUGCUGUACCUGAUCGUCCCCGGGAUAUUCGUAUGGAAGCAGCUUUUUUUUUACAGCAGCUUUGUCAGUCAAGUUCUUUGACGUUACAAAUGUUUAUAGCUUGCCGUGGAAUACCUGUUUUGGUGGGAUUUCUCGAAGCUGAUUAUGCCAAGUACAGGGAAAUGGUUCAUCUGGCUAUUGAUGGCAUGUGGCAGGUAUUUAAGCUUCAGCAGUCAACGCCUAGAAAUGAUUUUUGUCGGAUAGCUGCAAAAAACGGCAUACUCCUUAGGCUUAUAAAUACACUUUAUAGCUUAAAUGAGUCAACCCGGUUAGCAUCUAUGUCUGUUGGGGGAGGAUUUUUAGUUGAUGGUCCGAUUCCACGACCACGGUCUGGUAUCUUGGAUCCUACUCAUCCUUUUUCAAUUCAGAACGAGGCACUGCUGUCUUCAGCAGAUCAGCAAGAUCUUUCUAAAUUAAGGCGUGGAGUUCUUGAUCAUCACUUAGAGCCUUCACAUUCUUCAUCAUCCAAUCCUAGAAGAUCAGAUGCUAACUACCAAAUGGAUGUUGAUAGACCUCAAUCAAGCAAUGCUGCAGCUGAAGCUGUGCCACUAGAAAAGAGUUCAAAUCUUGCUUCCAGGGAAUCUUCAGCAGGUACAAUGAAAGAAAGAGAGAAUGUCGAUCGUUGGAAAAGUGAUCCUUCUAGAACUGAUGUUGAACUAAGACAGCAACGUCUUAGUGUUUCUGCCAACAGGACAUCAACAGAAAGGCCUACAAAGUUGACAGAAGCGUCCUCAAACGGGUUAUCAGUAACAGGAGCAACUCAGCAAGAGCAAGUUAGGCCUCUUCUUAGCUUGUUGGAGAAAGAGCCCCCGUCUGGACGUUUAUCUGGACAGCUUGAAUAUGUACGUCAGUUUUCAGCGUUAGAAAGACAUGAAAGUGUACUCCCUUUGUUACACGCUUCUGAGAAGAAAACAAAUGGUGAACUAGACUUUUUGAUGGCAGAAUUCGCAGAUGUUUCUCAACGUGGAAGGGAAAACGGAAAUCUUGACUCCAGUGCUAGAGUGUCUCAAAGAGUUGCUCCCAAGAAAUUAGGGACUUUUGGUUCUAGUGAAGGAGCUGCUUCCACAUCUGGGAUCGCAUCUCAGACAGCAUCAGGUGUAUUGUCUGGUUCAGGUGUUCUAAAUGCUAGACCAGGUAGUGCUACUUCAUCUGGACUACUUUCCCACAUGGUUUCAUCAUUGAAUGCAGAAGUUGCAAAAGAGUACCUUGAAAAAGUGGCAGAUCUUUUGCUUGAGUUUGCACAAGCGGAUACAACGGUGAAGUCUUAUAUGUGUAGUCAAAGCUUGCUUAGUCGACUUUUCCAGAUGUUUAAUAGGGUAGAACCACCUAUUUUGUUAAAGAUACUGAAGUGUAUUAAUCACCUGUCAACUGAUCCAAAUUGCUUAGAAAAUCUUCAGCGUGCUGAGGCAAUCAAAUACUUGAUACCAAACCUUGAACUCAAAGAAGGGUCUCUUGUAUCAGAGAUACAUCAUGAAGUCCUGAAUGCACUGUUCAACUUAUGCAAGAUAAAUAAGAGGAGACAGGAACAAGCAGCUGAAAAUGGAAUCAUUCCCCAUCUAAUGCAAUUCAUUACAUCAAAUUCUCCCUUGAAACAAUAUGCAUUGCCUCUGUUGUGUGACAUGGCGCAUGCAUCUCGUAACUCAAGGGAGCAGUUAAGGGCUCAUGGUGGUUUGGAUGUCUAUUUAAACCUUCUUGAGGAUGAGUUUUGGUCUGUGACUGCACUAGAUUCAAUUGCUGUUUGCUUAGCCCAUGACAAUGAUAAUAGGAAGGUUGAACAAGCAUUGCUGAAGAAAGAUGCAGUUCAGAAGCUGGUGAUGUUCUUCCAGAGCUGUCCAGAGCAGCAUUUUGUACACAUAUUGGAGCCGUUCUUGAAAAUCAUCACAAAAUCUGCAAGGAUCAACACCACUUUGGCUGUUAAUGGAUUAACGCCAUUACUCAUUGCUAGGCUGGAUCAUCAAGAUGCUAUAGCUCGUCUUAAUUUACUCAGGCUAAUAAAGGCUGUUUAUGAACAUCACCCUCAGCCCAAGAAACUGAUUGUGGAGAACGAUCUACCUGAGAAACUUCAAAACUUAAUAGGGGAACGCAGAGAUGGCCAAGUGUUGGUCAAACAGAUGGCAACUUCAUUACUUAAAGCAUUACAUAUAAACACUGUUUUGUAAAUUAACUUGUAAUGGUCCUUUUCCUGUUGUAGUAUAUUUAUCUCAUUGGGGGGAAAAGGUAUUUAAUUGUUGUAUAUAAGUUCCCCCUUUAUUUGGUUUGCUUAUUAUACUGCGUUUGGUUGAGUGAAAAAAAAAAUAGUAUAGGCUGGUGAACAUGUUUUUGACUGUUUGGUAGUAUUUAAGUGGGUGGUUGAUUUCUUAUACUUCAAAGGCCGUUUUUUUUUUUGCGGCCAAGCCAACUAUGUAUACUAGUUUGGAUGCGAGAUGGGAAGAAAUAUAAAGGUACUGCUUUAAGGAACUAUUUAUUUUGUUCA